CCUCUUGGCGCCACCCAAAGAGUUCCACUCAUACAACGUCAAAAAUAUUUCGUCUAAACUCAACCCACGUACCCUAAACCUUGACCACUUUCAAUGUCAGCCAUGCAUUUUCAACCAGUCGAGCAAAUGAUUGACGAGGCAUUUACCGCUCGUCCACAAGGCGAACCUCAAGCUGAUACUGUAGCUACCAAUGAUGCUCUAGACGACGUUUUUGGCUCGGAACCUUCAUCCCCUACAGAUUUUCGUCAUAAUGAUGAGUCAGCAGCACCACACCCCUCAGACAUUCGCCGGUUGCAAACAGAGCACACAACUGCUGGAUACCGGGAGGGCAUUACCGUUUCAAAAGAAAGCAGUCUUCAAGCUGGAUUUGACGAGGGAUUCAGCCUUGGCGCAAGCGUUGGCAUGAGAGCAGGUCAAAUUCUGGGUUUGCUCGAAGGCAUCAACGAAGCGGUUCGUGGUCUUAACGAAUCAGAUUCUUCCAAGAUCGCCGAACUCCUGAAACAAGCACGCGAAGAACUUAGUACACAAGGCUUGUUCACACCUGAGUAUUGGUCUGAAGAUGGUAAUUGGAAAUAUGAAGUCACUCCAGCUACAGGGGCCGAAGAUGUUGUGUUCUCAGAUGUAGCUGAUGCGCAUCCACUUUUAAGGAAGUGGACGCAGAUUGUGGAUGAGCGAGUGGCCAUGUGGAAGAUAGAUAGGAGCAUCUUGGAUGAUGAGACUGGGGUUAGGUUGGAGAGGGAUGAACCACUUGGUUCCGGGGCUGCGCUGACGGCAAAGAAGCCGUUAGAUUGGUGAAGACGGGAGAAUCACAGACUACUACAGAGGAAUAUGGAGGGAUAAGUGCGCACGGAAAAGAUUGAGACCAGAAGAUUCUGCCAACAAUUGAAGCGUGGCGUGUGGGAUUUGGAUGAGUUGUCAAAGGUCUAACUUGUAUUUAUUGCCACAAGAUGUGCCCAAGUGCAGCUCCAUUGAAGAUACUCCCAUGACCCGCGGCGUAUUGCCCAAACCUCGCCUAUUAGCAUUGGCUUCUGCUGAUAUGGUGUAAGCCACCAUGCCGAAAGUUCAGGAUCCGCUCAUUCUACUAUAACAACAGUGGGCAUAAGGUAGCUGACUAGAAAUACGUCUGGCCGUGUAUCAAUUGAACUAUCUAUCUCGGCGAUAUUGAAACAUUAUCACACAGGGCAUAGUCCCAC